AUGGUUUGUUUCGAAACAAUUGUGAAGAUCCAUCGAAAGCUCAGAGUUCGCGCAAAUCAGAGCACCGUCGGCGAAAGUUCGACAAGCAGUUCGAGCUGCCUUCCGGAGUCGAGCAAUUGGAACCGAACGCGUUGCCGGUCUGGGUGUCGCUCUGGCUGAUGGCGACGACGUUGAUCGGGUUCCUCGACGUCCAGUACACCCUUCACUUGCCCAAGACCGCCGAUUCUUCCAACUUCAUCGCUCAGACCGUCUUUGCACCUUGUUCGUUUUUGGGAACGUUAUGAGAGAAUGAGGGUACGAAUAAAAUCUCGAUUCGGCGAAUCUUGGAGGACCGUAAUCCUGUGUACGCAGACCUGAAAAGCCCAUAAUCUUGGAAAGCAAAAAUCUCUCAUUUUCGUCUUAUUUAUUUAAAUUUUGUUUAAUAUUCUCAUGUCAAUCCUUUUUAAUAGAUGGAAACUUCAAGAAAUUUCCAAGGUGGUUUAAACCAAAAAACCUCAAAGUAAACGAAAAAAUAUUGCAAUAACAUUCGAUAGAUGAAAGUUCCUAGCAUCAUAACUCGCUGAGUUUCCAAAAAACGGUUACCUCUGAACCAGGUUAUGGCUUGAAUAAUACCGUCCAAAAAUUUUGAAACCUUCUUUUUUCAUUUUUCUUGAAAAAACUUUUUUCAAAUUUUCGAAAGACAGUUUGAAAAAAAAACAUUUUUUUCUGCAGGGAGACUCUAUUCGGCCGUGGAUUUGCCCCACAAAGACCCCCAAGACCUUCUGACACAGGUGAUGAGUCGCAUGUGUCUCUUCGAGAUCUUCCUCAACAUUCUGGCCCUCUGUCUGGUUGGUUCUCCACGUCUUCUUCUCCGCACGACGUCUUCAGGCGACGCGGAACUCCCGUCACGCCGCCUUGACGACGUUCCUGGCGUCGUCGCUGCUCUUGUGGCGCAAGAUGAUUUUCCUCAGCGAGUAUCUGAUGCCGCUCCCCGGAAACAGCGCUCUCAAUCCGCACAAGACCGUUUUCGAGAUUUUCCUCACCUUCUACUUCCCGCAUUGUCAGUUUUUAUGGAAUGACCUUUUCUUAAGACGUUAAAGGGCAGAAGAAAGACAGUUGGAGUAUUUUAUGAAAUGCUGCAUCGUUUUUGAUUAAUUCUACUUUCUUUCGUGCAUUAUUACGGUUUGAAUUGUACAAGAACUGCAAUCUCCUAUUGAAAUUUCUGUAGUAGCUUUCAAAUCUCUGGUUAACUGACUUUAAUUUUAGAAUAUUUUCAAUCUACGCGUUCGAUGUUAAAACUGUUGAACAUGAAAAAAAAUUAGAAAGAAGUUCUCUGUAGAAAUAGACGUUCGCAGGUCCGAAAAAUAUCUAGAAAAAGACAAUUAACGCUGAAAAUUUAGGUUCAAGCCAUUUAUCGAUGGCAUUUCUUACUAAUAGCGACAAGAGUCUUUAAAUAAGUUUCGUAUUGAAACUUAGAAGUGAAGAAAACCUUCAGAAGUUAUCCGAAAAUUUUCCAAAAAUCAAAGGAGUUUCUAUUGUCUCAUCCCAAGUGAUUAUGCCUUUCACCCCGUGGUUGAACUUUUGAUGAAACUUUGCUGAAGUGUACUUUAGGACCUCCUGAUUCUAGAACAAGAAUAAAAUUUCUCGCAAUAGAUCUCUUUUUCGAGUUAUGGAGCUUUCAAAGUCGGCAAAAUACGAAAAUUAUGACAAAAAGCGGUAUUUUGAGCUUUCGAAGUGUCCUCAACGUUCCAAAACGUCCCCUGAGCCAAAUUCAUUUUUUUUCCAGUCUUCGCAUGUACGAUGGCGUUGUUCGUGAUCUCCGCUCUGUGGGAUCAACUGGCGAUUCCUCUUCGCAUUCAGAACAAGUCAGUAACUGAACUCUCAUUCCUUUCCAUUUCCAAUCGUUAUCAAGCGUUUUUAAAUCGCGUUCCGCUUCUUUUCAUUCUGCGUUUUGUAAUUUUGCGUUUGAGUGAGAUAAGUAAAUAGAUGUUCAGGUACUGGGAGAACUACGACCGGGCCAGCGGACACCUUGUUUUCAAAAGGAACUGA